AUGGGGGAAUCGCAUCUUGAUGAUCAUACUUUGGCCAUUGAAACUUCACACUUAACAUAUAAGUUCUCAUCUUCAAAUACUGUGGGACUAGAGGAUAUAAACUUGCAAAUUCCUUGGGGAACAACUAAUCUUUUAGUUGGGCCAAAUGGUGCUGGUAAAUCUACUCUUUUGAAAAUAUUAGCUGGAAAGACGUUAAUCAAAAAGGGAUCUUUGAAGUUGGGUGGAUUUGAUCCUUUUGAGUUUUCAUCAACUAGGCAUGAACAGCAUAACUCGGAUAUUAAUAAUUUUAUCACCUAUUUAGGUACUGAUUGGGCAGCUAAUUCGGUAGUCAAAAGAGACAUCCCUGUUAAGAUUUUGAUUGCAUCAAUUGGUGGAGAAACUUAUACUGCAAGAAGGGACGAAUUGAUAGAUAUUCUUGAUGUUGAUCCGGACUGGAGUAUGAUGAAAAUAUCGGAUGGAGAACGGAGGAGAGUACAAAUCUGCAUGGGGCUUCUUAAACCAUGGAGGUUAUUACUACUCGAUGAGGUCACUAUAGAUUUAGAUGUUGUGGUUAGACUGAAAUUAUUAGAAUACUUGAAGAAAGAAUGUUCGGAGAGAAAAUGCUGUGUUGUGUAUGCUACCCACAUCUUUGAUGGUUUGGGUAAGAAAUGGUGUGAUAGAAUUAUACACUUGAAUGCUGGCUCUAAAGUAAAUGAUAUUGCAAUGGAGGAUAUUAGUUUCCAAAUCACUGAAGACAACAAAGUACUGGUUAAUGAUUCCAACAUAAAAGUGCCUUUUGCUGAAUCCUUACACCCUUUGGCGUUACAUUGGUUGGCAGCGGACCUACGUGAACGAGGUUCAAGGGAAGAUCAAAAGAUUAAAAAUGCAGAGCGACUCAAUGGAUGGAAUAAUUCGAGGGAUGGAAACUACUUUGAUGCUAAUGAAUCAAAACUUUCAAGUUAUUUCAAAGCUACUAGAAGUUAUGAAUAA